AUGUGUCACGUGAACAUGAUGACGACAUCCUCACCUCAUAAACAGACAGCUGCAAGCGCUCCUUUCCGUCAACAAGUUUUUGCAAUCUGCAAGAUCCAAAAUGGCAUAAAAAAAAUGUUGGAACAGAAACACACAAAACAGAAAAAAUUAAUAAAUACACUCUUCGGGGCAGCUAUCAAAACGACAAUAUGGUUCAUCAACGGCACGAACCUGAACAUCUUGACCUCCCUGAAGGAGCGCCUGCACGUCCAGCCCGACGGCUCCCUCUCCAUCAACCACGUGAUCAGGACCGACAUGGCCUGGUACACCUGCGCACCCACCAACAACUUCCACAAGUCACCCGAUGCCAAGGCCUUCCUUAAUGUUACAUACAUUCCACGCGUCCAGCGACUGCCCUCAACGACCUACCUUGCCCUGGACAUGAAGGGCUUCCUACACUGCCCCGUUGAUUCCAACCCACCCGUCACUCACAUCACACGACCAGGAGAGGGCAAUGAAAGUCGUAAAGUAACAUUCAUUAGACACGCUCAAGUUCAUUAUUUCACAGCUAAGAUCCAAAUAAGGCAGCUGAAAAAAUGGUUCAAGAACAACAGCACCAUCGACCUGCACAACCCAAGACAGGUGCACAUGCACGCAGUUGGAACGUCCCUCUACUUCGACACGACCUCUAUGGAGGACGAGGGCUUCUACAUGUGUGCCCCACACUCCAACCUAGGUCAAGGACAUAUUUCGAGUUCUAUGCAAGUCCUCGUCAGAGGUCAGCUUAUCUGGAUGGGGUGA